UGGUGCAAAAUUUCACUGUUAAUGAGAAAAUUUUAUGUUUUACCGGUAUAUUUUUUAUAAAGUAUGGAACGUUUUCAAUUAUUUAUGGGUAAUAUUGCACAUUUUCAUGGAACAUAUGUUGAUUCUUAAUGGAGCGCUUUUUGAUUUUCUAUGGAGCGUUUCUAUUUGUUUAUGGGUGCAAUAAAUAGGCUGCCAUUAUUUUUCAUCUUAUAUGACGGGAAUUAGUGCAUAUGAUGAUGUAAAUUUAUAUCCUAAUUACACUUUUUCUGGUACUCAGAUAACAGUCAAACUGCACUUCACAUCCACGUGCGUUUUUUUUUUUUUACCGUGUACAACAUGUGAGAGAACCGGGACCGCGAGAGAAUAGAGCGUUGCAGACAACAUGUCGCACGAUCAUUGAUUCUCACCAACGACGGUCACAUCCACCCCCUUCAGAUUGUCGCUCGGUUCGUUUUCGUACGACGAUCAGUCGUCGAUCAGCUGCCGGUAAACGAGUCGCAGUGCGUGCGUUUAGAUAAGCGGUUGUUGUCCGUGGUGUUCGUUUUGUUGAUAUCUCCCCACGUGAGUGAUUUGUCGUUGUCGUGUCCCUUGGUUUGAGGGACAACGUGCGCGGGUGCGUCAAGGGUCACUUGGGUGGUGAUCGUCAAGUUUUCGUGGAAUGUGAAACUGAAACCGGCGGCGGCAAGCGCUUCUAAUCCGAAUUUGUCUGCGGAGUGGAAUGGUGUAUCGGUUGUGCGGUCGUUCACGAUGGGGGGCAUUGUGCGGAUUGUGAAAAGUUCUGAAGUGCCUGUAUAGAAAGUGUUAGGCUUCAUCUAUUUUUGCCUUUCUUUGACCGCAUCGAAAGAAGGGAAACACGACGUGAAGAGGUCUAUUUUUUUCGGUUUCCCCCCGAAGUGGAGCGCGUCUUUGGUUGCAUACUAAUCUGACUUCGCUCGCAGUGUUGUACCUAGUACAGCCAGUCAGUGUACAAAGCCAUUUUUUGGUUUCGUUUUGUGUUGACUGCAAAGGUAUUGAGAUGUCAUUCUACGCUGGCGUGUAGUCGCCGUCGUCGUGGUCGUUGUCUUCACCGCAAAUGAAAACCUCUGGGGGAAAAGUGUGAAAAUAGUUCACAGAGGAGUGGAAAUCCAUCAGCUUGUGUCGGUUGAAGAAGUUUAUUUUAAAGUGGCUCCAGAGGCAAUGGUCUGCCUGGUUAAGAAACCCAAACUAGGUUGAUGAGAAGAAGCUGCAAGCUGUUGUUCCAAGUGUGACACAAGUUGUAAACGAAACGGAGGAGUCUGGAAUCUCACCUGCUACCGCGUAUCGUACAGUGUGCAGUGAAAGCGCGUGAAACCAGAAAAGAUCGAUCGACUUGAUCUGAAAUCUUGUGAGAAGCUGUUUUCCGUGCAUUAGGCCCUAGCCUACAGGGAAAAGUGGAGAAGGUGAACGAAGAGCAACGUGAUCGUGGGGAAAGAAUUGCUGUUGCGGAACCGGUUCGGAAGGAAACUGGGUGGUGACACCGGCUCCCUAUCACACAUAGUUUAUUGGUUGUUGGUUUUCUGAUUAAAGUACGAUCGCAUCGUAUAGUUAGUGCAGUGAUUCAGGUUUGAUAGAAGUGUGCGUGAUCUCGAGGAGAAGGUUAAGGUCCGCUGAAGUGAGCUGUGGAUCGUUUGGAAUUGCUAAUCUAAGCCGACCGUGAUCAGCUGUUUGAGUGCAACCUAGGAUGCUGUAACAGGCGGGAAUGGAUCGAAGUGUGAACUUCUGUGGCUGAGUUAUUCUGAUAGCGGAAAAAGCGUCGCAAUGGGACAAGUAGAGAGUAACGAAUCUCCCCCGCCAUCGGCCAACAGUGGAGGCGGCGGCAGUACGGCAUCAUCCUAUCACUCGGCGCAAGCCCAUCAUCAACAGCAGCACCAUCAUCACCUGUUCCAGCAUCAGUCGUCGGUCACGUCCGUAAGCUCGGUUCAGACGGUGCUCAGCCAGAACCUGCAGAACUCCACCAGCACAGUCAACAAACUGAUCGAGAACGUGUGCCAGAAUGGGAACCACCUGAACAUGAACACGUUCGGAAGUUGUAGCUCGCUGAUAACGACGACCACUGGACACGUGGUGCAUUCGAGCGUGAACGGUGGUGGUCAUACGGGGUCCGGACAGGGACAGGUACAACAGCAGAGGAAUGGUGCUAUCUGUGGCGAUCAGGGAAUGAAUUCCAGUGUCAGUUCGGCGGAGGAACCGCUGAGCGUGGCCGAUGUGGCCGAUUUGCUGCACCCGCAGUAUGCGAUCAUUACAGGUGGUCGCUCCAAAGACGGCUGUCCGCUGAUAACCUUCCCGGACUACAACAACUUUCACAAUCUGUCCGAUCUAGAUUACCAAAAAUUAGUGCUAUACCUCACCUCGGUUCCGUCCCUCUCGGAGGCAGACCUGGGCUUCAAUCUCAUCAUAGACCGACGGAAAGACCGCUGGGCGGCGGUCAAAGCCGUCCUACUGAAAAUCUCCAUCUAUUUCCCUGCCAUGGUACACUUCGUGUACGUCCUGCGUCCUUCCGGUUUCCUGCAGAAGGCCAUCUCCGAGGUUAGCAACAAAUUUUUCAAGGACGAGUUCCGGUUUCGGGUGGUGGUCUGUGCCACCCUGGAAGACCUGCACGAGUACAUCUCGCGAACCCAGCUGACCGGAGAGCUGGGGGGUGAUUUGGUGUACUCCCAUCACGACUGGAUCCAGCAGCGAAUUUCGCUGGAAAAGUUCUCCGGUUUGACGAACAUGAUCUCGUGCAACCUGGACGCAUUUAUGAAGAUGAUCCACGAGAUGGAGUUCCCCAAUUCGGUGGAUGCCACCGAGAAGCUGAUUGAGGAACAGGGCGGUCAGUAUGAGAAGCUGAAGGAGGACAUUAUGGCCGCCGGUCGGCACGGGGAAGUCCUGCUGGAGGAGAUGCGCACCAAAAAGGAAACCGACAAGGAAACGGUCGAACGGUUCGGUAACAUUAGCUCCAUCGAAAGUGCAGGGAAUUAUUCAAACAAUACUAUGCAUCACCAUCUUGAUGACAGUCGCGAUUGUCACAGACUUCUGGUGCAGCUGGAGGAGACCGAGCGGCACUUCGAGGACUUCUGGACGGUGCACCUGUCGCGGCUGAAGAAAUGCCUGGAGCUGCGACGCUUCGAGCAGGACUUCCGGGAACUGCAAGCGAACUUCGAUCGCCAUCUGACCGCGGUAUCGGAUAUGACCGAGAUCGGCGAAACGGUGGACCGGAUGGACCAGCUGAUCAAGGAUACCAAAGACUUUCAGGCGAGCUGUGCGCUGGAUGUGGAACGGGCCGAUCAAGUGAUCGCUACCGGGCAGCGGUUGAUCGGAACCAAGGGUUGUAUAAGUUCGUGCCCGCGGGAGGUGGUGCAACCCAAGUGCGAUGAGCUGGCUAGGGUUUGCGAGCUGAUCAACGAGCGUAUUACGAAGAGGAUCGAGACGCUGAUCAAGGCCCGGGAGCUGAUGGAGAGAGUGGAGAAGGCAAACAAGUGGUGCGCCCGGGGCAUCGAGCUGUUGGCCACCCAGCGGAUCGAGAAGUGUUCCGUGUCGGCGGAAAUCGCCGAACAGAGCCUGCAGGAGAUCCAGGAGUACCUGGCCACGGCGGCCGAGUUCAAACUAUCUAGUCCGAAAGAGUUCAAGAACGUGAUCCAGGAGAGUACAACGCUGGAAACGAAGGCACUGGUGUCGCAGGUCCUCCAGCGAAUCGACGACGUCCAGUUAAUGUGCGACAAGCGAGUGACCGUGCUCAAGAAGCUCACCCUGAAACCACCACGUCCAGUGCAAACCGUAACACCGGAGCCGGCAGUCCCGUUGCAACCCCCCGGAGGAGCACCUCAUCCCAUCUUUCGAACCCGCCGCUCGUACAACAAGGUAAGUAAGUGUGUUCUUCGACAUUUUCAAAAUACCAUUAGGGAAUCGCGCCACUUGGGCGGUGGCUUCUAUAUUCGUCUGUUUUCCACUAUAAGUCAGUCAAAUUUGAACCAAUUGACAUAACUUUUGGAAUGUGGU